GCAGCAGCAGCGCGUCCCCAGAUCGGGUCAUUGAGAGCAGGAGAUCUCCCACCCCAGGAUGCACAUGGCAACCUGAUUCCCCACUGAGGAGAAAGGCCUUUAUAAUGUUUGUUUCAAAUCAAAGUAGCAAGGUAUCUUCUUGCCUCUGAUGGACUUUGGAGGCCUGCCUGCCAGUCGUGGCAUUUUGAAAGAACUUUGUAGCGCCACAACACAGAGAUCCUUCUGCCUUUGCAGUUCCAGAGCCAAGAUGGAAAUGAAAAACUCAGCAAGAUCAGAAGCAGAACGAGGCUCCGAGGACACACAGGAAGGGAUCAGUGGGAAAAUCUGGGAAAGGUCCAUGGAAAAUAUUCUGGACGAGGAUGCCGCCAGCUCAGCAGUAGAGGUCCAUCAAUUCAGGCACUUCCGUUACCAGGAGGCUGAGGGGCCCCGAGAGGUUUGCAGCCAACUUCACCAUCUUUGCCAGCAGUGGCUGAAGCCAGAAAGACACAACAAAAUGGAGAUAGUGGACCAGGUGUUCCUAGAGCAGUUCCUGGCCAUCCUGCCCCCGGAGAUGGAGAGCUGGGUGAAGGAAUGCCGCCCGGAGACCAGUUCCCAGGCGGUUGCCCUGGCAGAAGUUUUCCUCCAGAGCCGAGGAGGGAUAAGUGGGGAAUUCUUGGGAAAAUCUGUGCAAAAUAUUCUGGACGAGGAUGCCACCAGCUCAGUAGCAGAGGUCCAUCAGUUCAGGCACUUCCACUACCAGGAAGCUGAGGGGCCCCGGGAGACAUGCAGCCGACUUCACCGUCUUUGCUGCCAGUGGCUGAAGCCAGAAAGGCACAGCAAGAAGGAGAUCGUCGACCUGGUGAUCCUGGAGCAGUUUCUGGCCAUCCUGCCCCCGGAGAUGGAGAGCUGGGUGAGGGAAUGCCGGCCGGAGACCAGUUCCCAGGCGGUGGCCCUGGCAGAAGGCUUCCUCCUGAGCCAGGCAGAUGGUCAGAAUCAGGACCAGCAGGGGCUGUCAGAAGAGGCUGCUGAUUUCUGUGAGGCAGAAAAGGCGCCAUCCGACCUGAGGCAGAGGCCGCUGUUCUGGGGGACCACACAGGAGAGCGAGGGAGGUGAUGGAAGAACUCUGGUGGGUUCAUCUGGAGCUUUGAGACUUUGUGGUGGUCGAGCAGCCUCUGAGCAACCAGAUCAGGGGCUGGUGACUCUCGAGGAGGUGUCUGUCUGUUUCACCCAGGAGGAGUGGGCGCUGCUGGAUCCGGACCAAAGGGCAUUGCACAGGGAAGUCAUGGGGGAGAAUCGCAGGAAUCUGGCCUCUCUCGAACGUGAGUGCAAGAGAAUGGAAGAAGAGCAUCAAAAUGGAACUGGAGCAAUAUCAAAGUGGAGAAUGGAAUCCAUUGUUUCUGAAGAUUCUGAUUCCCCUGAAAUUCCAGACCAGGAAGAAAGUCAUAAAAGAAAUAAAAUGGGUUCCACUAAAUGUGCCCAAAUCUUAACUGGGAAAUCAAGCUCUAGAUCACAUCAGAGAAUGCAGAAUCAGGAAAAUCAUUUAGAAAAGUCAGAGUGUCAGAGUAUCAGAAGAGCUUCAGAGUAUGAGAAGAACUUCAGCCUGGGCCAAGCUCAUAUUUUACAUAAAAAAUUGCACACCCAGAAGACAAUACAGGGAAGCUCACAGUGUGAAAAUGGUCAGAAAAUAGACUGCCUCUCUCAACAAGAAAGAGGAAACAGAGGAGAGAAGCCCGAUACAUGUCCAGAAGGUGAAAAGAACUUCAGCUGUAGAUCCCAUCACAGAGGAAUGAAACGUUAUAAAUGUUCAGCUUGUGGUAAAGUCUUCAGAUAUAGGUCCCAGCUUGUAUCCCAUCAAAGAACCCACACAGGGAAGAAACCAUUUCGUUGCUCAGAAUGUGGAAAGUGCUUUACUCUCCAUUCCCAUCUUGCUUAUCAUCUUAGAAUCCACACAGCAGAGAAACCAUAUAAAUGUUUAGAAUGUGGGAAGAGCUUCAUUAAGGAGGAGAUCCUAACUGCACAUCAAAGCAUUCACACAAAGGAGAAACUGUAUAAUUGUACAGAAUGUGGAAAGAAGUUCAGUUAUAAGGGAAGCCUCACCGUACAUCAAAAAAGCCAUACAGGGGAGAAACCAUAUCAAUGUUCAGAAUGUGGAAAGUGCUUUAUUUUCCAUUCCCAUCUUGCUUAUCAUCUCAGAAUCCACACUGGGGAGAAACCAUACAAAUGUUUAGACUGCGGAAAGGACUUUCGUAACAGCGCAUACCUUACAUCCCAUCAAAGAACCCACACAGGGGAGAAACCGUAUAAAUGCUCAGAUUGUGGAAAGACCUUCAGCCGUAGGUCAAACGUUAUUUCCCAUCAGAGAUUACACACAGGAGAGAAACCAUAUAAAUGCUCAGAUUGCGGAAAGACCUUCAGCUGUAGGUCAAAAGUUAUUUCCCAUCAAAGAUUACACAUAGGAGAGAAACCUUAUAAAUGCUCCAACUGUGGAAAGAGCUUCAGUUAUAAGGAAAGCCUCACUUACCAUCAAAAAACCCACACAGUAGAGAAACCAUAUGAAUGCUCAGAAUGUGGGAAAUGCUUUAUUUCCUAUUCAACCCUUGAUCGUCAUUGCAGAAUCCACACAGCAGAGAAACCAUAUAAAUGUUUAGAAUGUGGAAAAAGCUUCAUUACGGAGGAGAUCCUAACUGCACAUCAAAGCAUUCACACAAGGGAGAAACCGUAUAAUUGUACAGAAUGUGGAAAGAAGUUCAGUUAUAAGGCAAGCCUCACUGUACAUCAAAAAAGCCAUACAGGGGAGAAACCAUAUCAGUGUUCAGAAUGUGGAAAGUGCUUUACUGUCCAUUCCCAUCUUGCUUAUCACCUCAGAAUCCACACAGGGGAGAAACCAUACAAAUGCUUAGAGUGCGGAAAGGGCUUUCGUAGCAGCGCAUACCUUACAUCCCAUCAAAGAACCCACACAGGGGAGAAACCGUAUAAAUGCUCAGAUUGCGGAAAGACCUUCAGCAGUAGGUCAAAUGUUAUUUCCCAUCAAAAAUUACACACAGGAGAGAAACCAUAUAAAUGCUCAGAUUGCGGAAAGACUUUCAGCUGUAAGUCAAAAGUUAUUUCCCAUCAAAGAUCACACACAGGAGAGAAACCUUAUAAAUGCUCCAAAUGUGGAAAGAGCUUCAGUUAUAAGGAGAGCCUCAUUUACCAUCAAAAAACUCACACAGGGGAGAAACCAUAUGAAUGCUCAGAAUGUGGAAAGUGCUUUACUGUCUAUUCCCAUCUUGCUAAUCAUCUCAGAAUCCACACAGCGGAGAAACCAUAUAAAUGUUUAGAAUGUGGGAAGAGCUUCAUUAAGGAGAAGAGCCUAACUGCACAUCAAAGCAUUCACACAAGGGAGAAACCAUAUAAUUGUACGGAAUGUGGAAAGAGGUUCUGUUAUAAGACGAGCCUCACUGUACAUCAAAGAAUCCACACAGGGGAGGAACCAUAUCAAUGUUCAGAAUGUGGAAAGUGCUUUACUGCCCAUUCCCAUCUUGCCUAUCAUCUCAGAAUCCACACAGGGGAGAAACCAUAUGAGUGUCUUGAAUGUGGAAAGAGCUUCAGCCAUAAGACACACUUUACUGUCCAUCAAAGAACCCACACACGGGAAAAACCAUACAAAUGCUCAGAUUGUGGAAAGUGCUUCAGUAGUUCUUCAGGUUUUGCUUAUCAUCACAGAAUCCACACAGGGGAGAAACCAUAUAAAUGCUCUGAAUGUGGAAAGAGCUUUAGUUCCUCUACAAGCCUUGCUUAUCAUCACAAAAUUCACACAGGAGAGAAACCAUAUAAAUGCUCCGAAUGUGGAAGGAGCUUUACUUUCUCUAGAAGCCUUACUAAUCAUCUCAGAAUCCACACAGGGGAGAAACCAUAUAAAUGCUCCGAAUGUGGAAAGAGCUUUAAGCAGAAGGUCUACCUGACUGUCCAUGAAAGAAUCCACUCAGGGGAGAAACCAUAUAAAUGUUCAGCGUGUGGAAAGAGCUUUACUUGCUGUUCAGGCCUUGCUUAUCAUCGGAAAAUCCACACAGGUGAGAAACCAUAUAAAUGCUCCGAAUGUGGAAAAAGCUUUAAGCAGAAGGCCCAGCUGACUUCCCAUGAAAGAAACCACACAGGGGAGAAACCAUAUAAAUGCUCCGAAUGUGGAAAGAGCUUUACUCGCAGUUCAAGCCUUGCUUAUCAUCAGAAAACCCACACAGGGGAGAAACCACAUAAAUGCUCUGAAUGUGGAAAGAGUUUUACUGGAUAUUCUGCCCUUUCUUAUCAUCUCACAAUCCACACAGGAGAGAAACCAUAUAAAUGCUCUGAAUGUGGAAAGAGCUUUACUUCCUCUACAAGCCUUACUAAUCAUUACAACAUCCACACAGGGGAGAAACCAUAUAAAUGCUCCGAAUGUGGAAAGAGCUUUACUUCCUCUACAGGCCUGGCCUAUCAUCACAAAACCCACACAGGGGAGAAACCAUAUAAAUGCUCCGAAUGUGGAAAGAGCUUUACUUCCUCUAGAACUCUUACUACUCAUCUCAACAUCCACACAGGGGAGAAACCAUAUAAAUGCUCAAAGUGUGGAAAGAGCUUUACUCGCAGUACAGGCCUUGCUUAUCAUUUCAGAAUCCACACAGGGGAGAAACCAUAUAAAUGCUCUGAAUGUGGAAAGAGCUUCCCUUUCUCUACAAGCCUUGCUUAUCAUCAGAAAAGCCACACAGGGGAGAAACCACAUACAUGCUCUGAAUGUGGAAAGAGCUUUAGUUCCUCUACAAGCCUUGCUUAUCAUCAAAAAAUCCACACAGGGGAGAAACCAUAUGAAUGUUUAGAAUGUGGAAAGAACUUACGUAAGAAGUCCAAUCUAAUUUCUCAUCAGAAAAUUCACACAAGAGAGAAACCAUAUGUGUGUUCAGAGUGUGGAAAGAGGUUCAAACGGAGUGACGACCUUACUUCCCAUCAGAGAAUGCACGCAGGGUAGAAACUAUAUAAAUGCUUAGAAAGCAGAACAGGCUUUAGUCAAAAAUAUACUCAAACUAUCCAUUAAAGAACUGCCAUGGGAAAAUUUUUAUUCUAUCUUAUUUAAAACCUGCAUCAGUGACAGCACCUAUUAAUUUUGGGGAACUUAAAAGAGCUUUUCUUGGCUAUUAAAACUUACAAGACAUCCGACAAGUCACACGGGAGAAAAUUGCCUAAAUGUCCAGAGAGCGGAAAGAGCUUCAAACUCUGGACCUCUUUUGAUACAUCAAAGACGGGAGAAGCAACAUACACAGUUUGAGCUUCUAGUAUAGGAGUGUUGAUCACAAAAAAACUCUACAUUUGUGCCAUUGUCUCCUUUUGCAAGAAUGGAGGGUAUCUUGGCAUCCCCCAUGCCCACUUGGCUAAAUGGGCCAUGGAUAUGGCUCCAUGGAAGCCUCUGCUUUGCAUGCAGAAUAUCCUUGGCAUCUCCAGUUAAAAGGAGCAGGCAAUAGACAAUGUGAAAGACCUGCACCUCAGGCCCCGAACACCUUCUCCUAGUUGGAGUAGGCAAUACAGAUGGACCUGAGUUUGGUUCUAUGAAAACCGUCAAGGCAUUUGGGAAUAAGAAAUGUGUUAGAUCUGAGUUUGGCUCUAUGAGAGCCAUAAAGGUAUCCUGGUAGAAUAAAUGUGUCGAUCAGUCCAUGAGAGGUCCAGACUGACCUCCACAGGUGUUCCAGUAACUGAGCUUAUUACCAUAGAGAGCCAGGAGGUGAGUCAUUUACACUUGCAGGUGAUGUAUUUGAUAUGUAUUGAUCGGAUGUUUUUUCAGCAUGCGUGUCAGUGCUAACAUUCUAGAAGUUCAUAAUAGUGUGCUGCAUAUGUCCCUAAGUUUGGCGCAGAUCUUAAAUUUGUCAAAGUGCUGGAAUUGCCAUCAAAUGCUCCAGGAUAGUGCCACGAGAUAUCCCAUGCUAUCCAAGCCACUGACUCUCACUGAGAUGCAGGCUCCUUAUGGAUCCGAAUUUUGAGGAAAUGAAACUUGGGCUAUAUUGAAUAACCAUUUAUUUUAGCUGAAGUUUCUACCAUGGCACUAGUUUGCUGGAGUUAUAAAGGAACAGGCAUCAGGUGGGUGUCAGUAAUUGUUCUGUGAACUGUAAGAUAAAUAGGCAUAUGUAAAUGGUACCUGGAUCCCUGACUUCACCCCCUGGAAAUUGUCCCUAACAGGGUAUUAUAUCCAGUGGAUGAUGCGCCCAUAGUGUGACCGAAAUUUUGUUGCUCUUGUGGGCCAUUAUUUUAUUUCUGAGAGGAAGGCUUAUCAAAGCCUACCAGCUAAUUGGUUUGGCAGUUGUUAUCUUGGGACGGUAUACCCAUAUGUUUAAAGUUGUAGAGGAACUGCCAGAGAGUAGGGUACAGAACUAUCAGGAUAUGUCUACAGUCAAGGAAAUCCUGAAGGCUUAUCAUGUCCUUACUGAGGGACAACGAUUAGGUGGAAUUUUGUUUCCCAUGUAUGGGGUUGCAUGAGUAGGGGCUGCAUUAAUAAGGCUGCAAGCUGUUUUAGAGUUGGAAUCGUAGAAUCAUAGAAUCAUAGAGUUGGAAAGGGCCAUACAGACCAUCUAGUCCAACCCCCGUGCAGGAUCAGCCUAAAGCAUCUCUGACAAGUAUUCAUCCAGCCUCUUCUUGAAGACUGCCAGUGAGGGGGAGCUCACCACCUCCCUAGGCAGCUGAUUCCAUUUUUGAACUACUCUGACUGUGAAUUUUUUUCCCCCUAAUAUCCAGCCGGUACUUUUGUGCAUGUAGUUUAAGCCCAUUGCUUCACGUCCUACUCUCUGCUGCCAACUGGAACAGCUCCUUGCCCUCCUCCAAAUGACAGCCUUUCAGAUAUUUAAAGAGAGCAAUCAUGUCCCCCCUCAACCUCCUCUUCUCCAAACUAAACAUUCCCAAGGCCCUCAGCCUUUCCUCGUAGGGCUCAGUCUCCAGACCCCUGAUCAUUCUUGUCGCAUUCCUCUGCACCCUCUCGAUUUUGGCCACAUCCUUUUUGAAGUGAGGCUUCCAGAACUGCACACAAUACUCCAGGUGUGGCCUGACCAAGGCAGUAUAGAGAGGUGCUAUGACCUGCAAUUUCGACGCUAUGGCCCCUUUGAUACAACCCAGGAUUGAAUUAGCCUUUUUUGCCACUGCAUCACACUGACUGCUCAUAUUUAGUUUACAGUCCACUCUUAUCCCAAGAUCCCUUUCACAUAUACUACUGCCCAGAAGUGUAUCCCCCAUCCAGUAUUUGUGUUUCCCAUUUUUGUGGCCCAGAUGUAAUACUGUGCACUUGUCUUUGUUGAAUUGCAUCCUAUUCACAGCUGCCCACUUCUCCAGAGUAUUCAGGUCUUGUUGAAUUUUAAUUCUAUCUUCUUGGGUGUUUGCUACCCCUCCCAAUUUGGUAUCAUCAGCAGAUAUAAUGAGCAGCCCUUCCACUCCUUCAUCCAGAUCAUUGAUAAAAAUAUUGAAAAGUACCGGGCCCAAAACCGAGCCCUGCGGCACCCCACUGGACACCUCCCUCCAAUCUGAUGAAACGCCGUUGAUCAACCACUCUUUGAGUGCGGUCCUCCAACCAGUUCCCUAUCCACCGAACUGUCCACUCCACAGUCUUCCGGUUUGCCCAUCAGAAUGUCAUGGGGGACCUUAUCAAAAGCUUUACUGAAAUCCAGAUAAAUCACAUCAACAGAGUUCCCCCGAUCCAGUAAGCUGGUCACUCGAUCAAAGAAGGAAACCAGGUUGGUCUGGCAAGAUCUGUUAGGAACAAAACCAUGCUGACUUCCCUGGAUCACUGAGCGGUCCUUCAGAUGCUUACAGAUUGAUCCCUUUAAAAUCUGUUCUAGUAUCUUCCCAGCAACAGAAGUCAGACUGACCGGCCUGUAGUUUCCCGGGUCAUCCUUCCUCCCUUUCUUAAAGAUUGGGAUAACAUUCACUCUUCUCCAAUCUUGUGGCACAUCCCCAGUCCUCCAGGAGGCCUUGAAGAUGAUGGACAGGGGUUCUGCAAGUUCUCUAGAAAGGCCUUUCAGCAUUCUUGGGUGCACCCCAUCUGGCCCAGGGGAUUUGCAUUCAUCCAGUGCAGCCGGAUGCCUCUCCACAACCUCUCUGUCAGUGUCAAUUAGCCACUCAGGUGUCCUGCCACCUUUUCUACUAUCUCUAGAUGUGCCUGAUUUCUUCAGGGAGAAAACAGAGGCAAAAAAGUCAUUAAGCCUGUCUGCUUUUUCUGUGUCCUGCAUCAGAGUUUCUCCAUCUACUCCCAACAGCGGUCCAAUUGCCUCUUUUACCUUGCGCUUGCUUCUCACAUAUCUGUAGAAUCCAACCACACUGCUCGUGCAAGUUGAUUGGGGAAAAGCUUUAUGUAAAGCGACAAAUGGUCUGACAAAAUUGCAUGGCCCUAGAUAUUCUAACAGCUGCGAGUGGUGGUACAUGUGCCUUAAUAAAGCAGGAAUGUUGCGUAUACAUAACUAGACCAUUCUGGAGAACUUGGGGCUCUUGCACGAGAGAUUGAGGCCAUGGCAUGGAUACCCCAUGAUACAACCUUAACUUGGUGGGAUAGAUUGUGGGCAUGGUUGCCCACUGGCAAUACAGUCCAAACUGUCCUUUUGGCCAGUGUUGGAGUUUUGGUUCUAGGCUUUUUGGUCUGUUGUGGGAUACACUGUUUCCCCCACAUUAUGGCUUGUUGCCAUACUGCUUUACCCAGAUCCCGGACCAUCCGGGAGGACUGGUUUAUAAUGCUACAACAGAAAUAUGAACAGUAUGGCCUGGACCCAGUAGGUGACCUAAAUGCUUCUAGGGUGAGCGAUGAGGUCAAAGGGCGGCGGGGGGGGGCAUAAAAGCAUCUGGAAUGAAAAGCAAGAAGAAAUGUAGAAGAAUUGAGUUUGGCUCUAUGAGAGCCAUAAAUGUAUCCUGAUAGAAGAAAUGUGUUGAUCAGUCCAUGAGAGGUCCAGACUGACCUCCAUAUGGAACUUGUUUUUAACCAGAACAAUGAAAUGAAACUUUGUAGUUGAUAUAUUGACAGGACUUUGUAAAAGUGAACCUUUGUAGUUGACCAGAAUACUGAAAUAAAGCUUUUUUGUUGACCGGGAUGAUGAAGCGAACCCUUGUUGACGGAUUGAGAGCUCUGUAAACUUUAUAGUUAAUGCUCCAAAGCAACAGGACAAAACUCUGUAGUUGAACUAGUAACCACUGAAUAAGAGACUCAUGAAGUUAAUGUAUUAUUAAUGUAAUGUAUCAAUGCUCUAAAGCAAUAGAAUGAUACUCUGUUGUUGAAGUAUCAACCAUUGAAUAGGAGAAUUGUGUAAUUAUUACCUUCUCUGAGGCAUUCCAGCAGAACCUCAAAACAUAUAUAAGUCUUGUUUGUAACCUAGCUUCUUGGGAGAACUUGGGAUGGGUUUCCCCAGCUGUAAUGAAUUAAAGCUUUGCUUUUUAUUCCA